CUUGUAGGUAUAAAAGGGUGUGGGUGGAUGUGCUUGUUCCCCACGUUGUGUUGCGCCUCACACAGCUGUCUCAGCCUCUCGCUGCCGUGGUGAAGGAAAAGCCCAGACUCUUUAAGAAAAAUGGACUUCAAUGGAACUUGGCAGGUGUACUCCCAGGAAAACUACGAGGAGUUCCUCAGGGCUUUGGAGUUGUCAGAAGAUAUCAUCAAGCUGGCCAAGGAUGUUAAGCCAGUUACUGAGAUCAAACAGACGGGCAACGACUUCGUCAUCACCUCCAAGACACCUGGAAGAACAGUGACCAACUCCUUCACCAUCGGCAAGGAGGCUGAAAUCUCCACCAUGGAUGGCAAGAAGCUGAAGUGUGUUGUCAACAUGGAGGGUGGCAAACUGGUCUGCAAAACUGGCAAAUUUUGCCACGUGCAAGAGAUCAAAGGAGGAGAAAUGGUUGAGACUAUGACCGUUGGCUCAACAACACUCAUCAGGAAAAGCAAGAAGAUGUGAAUUUGACAACAAAAGAACACCAUGUCUAUUUAAUAAAAAAUGUGCUUACCAAA